UCUUCCUCGUUAUGUGGCUCACUCGUCUCGGUUUACUUCACCUCUCGCCUCGCCUCGGUCUCCAUCUCGAUCCUCGCCUGUUCCCACCCUCGAUUUGUCCUCGCCUGGUCUCUCUUCCUCGAUUCUCAUCUCGUCAUCUCUCGCUUCUCCUCGGACCUUAUCGCGCAACGUCGACCUGCGCCCUUCAUCAUGUCGCCAACGCCUCUUCUCGAUCAACAUAUGCGCAAGACUCACGGAACUACCACUCCGGCCCAAGUCUCUUAGCCUCGUCUUAAUCCGAUCACCACUCGCCUCUCGAGCCAAUGACCCAAAAUCACCUAGCCCUCUCGUUCCCGUCCUCUUACGCACCCGGCCCUCCAUUCGCCUCAACUGCAAGUCACAUCCACCCCUGCGUGGACACGCCUAUGUGGCUUGUCUCUCGCGUUAGUCUUCCCUUGCCUGGUCCCGUCUCACCUUCGCAUGCCACCUCGCAAACGCCUCGCCUCGUCUCCUCCCGCCUCGUGCCCUCCCAGAUUCCUUGUGCGCUAUCCCGUACAGCUCGCAUCAUCCUUGUCCGCUCUCAUCGCUCUCGUCGCCUGUCGCACCCCAAUCCGCGUUCACUGUCAUCUCGUUGUGCUCAUCUCAUCCCUCGCCGCAUGCUUUCAUCAUCACGCGCUCUAUCCUUCAACGUCUUUCAGCUCGCAUUGACCUGUCCUCGUCCGCGUCUCCGCUGUCCAGCCCGUCAUGCGCUCCCCGUCACGUGCUACAUCGCCAGUCUUCGUCGCCCUCCGCGCUACUCCGCCAGUCCCUUCGCAUCAUCGUCGCAUUCGGAGGCUUCCUCGUCUUCCGCCCGCUCAUUGGACUUCCAACCAACUUACUCACGUCGUCCCUUCUCACAAUGGCCUCGUCUGUGCCUCCUUGGUAGUCUCUACCGCUCCCGGCUUCCAUUGUCGGCCUUCGUCUUGUCUCGCCUCAUGCCCCGGUCUCCUGGUCCUCAAAUUCGAAACGGCCUCUUCCGAUUCCGGUUAGAUUUGUAUCGUGUCUCCCUCUUGUGUCUUGUCCUCUGAUGUUUCUUUGUGUCCGGUUCCUACUGUAUCAUACUGUACGAGUAGUAGUCUCCUAGGACAGGGACUGCACUCCAGCACCGGACGCGGUGUUGUAGUGCAGUUACUGCCCUUGCACGGGGACAAUGGUUGUAUCACUAGUAUGUAGCCUUAG